GGGCUCUCUAGGGAAUCCAGAGAGGCUGUGGCCAUGGGGAAGCGGGUGGCUGUGGUGCUGGCUGGCUGUGGGGCAUAUGAUGGGAGUGAGAUCCACGAGUCCUCGGCUGUGCUGGUGCAUCUCAGCAGGGAGGGUGCACAGGCAGAGAUUUAUGCUCCUGAUGUGGACCAGAUGCAUGUGGUGGACCACGUGAAGGGACAGCCAACUCAGGAGAAGCGCAACGUGCUAGUGGAAAGUGCCAGGAUAGCCAGAGGUAACAUCAAGGACCUUGCAAAGCUGGAUGUCAGGGGGCUGGAUGCUCUCAUCAUACCAGGUGGCUUUGGAGUGGCUAAAAACCUGAGCACCUGGGCCACCCAAGGCAAGAACUGCGUUGUCUCCAAAGAGGUGGAGGACACCCUGAGGGCCUUCCAUGCUGCCAAAAAGCCCAUCGGGCUGUGCUGCAUCUCCCCAGUGCUGGCAGCCAAAGUCUUCCCAGGCUGUGAACUGACUGUGGGUCACGACACAGAGUGUAAGAUAUGGCCUUACGCAAAGACUGCCGAGACCAUGAAGGAACUUGGCUGCAAGCACGUGAACAAACACGUCACUGAAAUCCACGUGGAUGUGAAGAACAAGCUGGUGACCACCAGCGCCUUCAUGUGCAAUGCCCCCAUCCACGAGAUCUACGAUGGCAUCGGGAAAAUGGUCAGUGAAGUAGUCAGACUUGCCUGAACACCACGAAGCCACAGAAU